GGAAGGCGCUGUGUGCGCUGCGCACGGAUCCCGUCAAGUACUUCCGUGGAAAUCGAAUAAGAAAGUUUACUAACGCGUACAUCAGCCCGUCCUUUCGUCCGUCCGAUUAAGCCUGAUAUUGCCUUUCGACCCUUUCGAUUAUUCAUCUCUAAGUCCCACGGUGGAAAAUUCAACGGUUCAGAUCUCGGGGACACGGACUCCUGCAGAACAGCAACGCCUCUUUUCAGCAAGAUCGAGGACCGAAGAGUCAAUGCCCGUUUGGACAUUUUGGUGGUAACAUUCAUAUUUCAUACAGUGGAAAGUACACAGUGGAGAGAGAGCGAGAGAGAGAUUGAUCUUCUUGGAGUUCAUUCACAAGAUCUACGUAUAGGAGACUUCUUAUCGCUUCUCUGUUCUGAUCUUUAUCGGGGGACUUCUUGGAGUCAACCCAUACCAGGAAGCUUGAGGGAGGGAGGUGGUUUAGGGAAUUGGGUCGAGUCAUGGAAUCGUCUGCAAGUUUCUCGAGUUCUUCAACGGAGGAAAGGGGAAAAAUCGUUGGAAUUGCUCAAUAUCUGGUGGAUUUGAACUUUGAAGUGUACGUGUUGAUUGUAUGAUCGAGAAUCCGAAUUGGGGUUUGGGUUUUGGAUUUGGCCUCAGCUUCGAUUCUCCGUUUGGUGGAGAUCAGAUUGGGGUUGAAGGAUUUUAAAUGCGGGGUGAUGAAAUGGGGGAAAAUGCGGCAGCUUUGCACACUGCUUUGAAUUCUGUACAGGCUUUAGGUAGGGGGUUCGAUGUGAAUUUUGAUACUAGGUUGCUGUACUGUAAAGGACUAACAGGGUCUAGGAUAGUUGAGAUUGAUGAAGAACACACCAGGGAUCUACGAUUUUAUGAUAAUUUGGUAGUUCCCGAUGUUUCUUGGGACAUAAAGAGUUUCCAGGAAACUGGUGGGCGUCAGAGUUCAGGCGUUUUCAGUUUUCAAGAGAUGGUGGAGUAUUAUAAUAGAAAGGCUAAUCUCUCUGGAAAUAUUCCUAUUGGUAGUUUUAACUCUGCUUUUAGCUUUACUGGUUCAAAGCAUAUUGAUGCUUUGACCACAAAGAACCUUUCUAUGGAUGGGUAUUUCAUUCUUCUUGCCAAGUUUCAGCUUGUAAAAUGCCCGAUAGUGUUGAAAGAAAAUGUCAAACGGGCAGUACCCAGUUGUUGGGAUCCACCAUCUUUAGCAAGUUUUAUUGAGGACUUUGGGACGCAUGUUAUUACUUCUGUAACUAUUGGCGGUAAAGACGUGAUUUACGUUAAACAGCACCAGUCAUCACCUUUAUCAACCAUGGAGAUUAAAAACUAUGUUCAGGACAUUGGAAAUUACAGGUUCUCGGAUGCAGAAAGACAUGCAAGUUCAGGUCCCCUGAUACUCAAGGAUAAGGGUGUCGACCCUUAUCUGUUCAACAGCCAAGGGAUAUAUCCCCAACCCACUCCUGGACCUUAUCUUAGUGGGAAAGAAGAUGUCACCGUCAUUUUUAGGCGGAGGGGUGGAGAUGAUCUGGAGCAAAGCCACACCCAUUGGGCAAGAACUAUCUGGUCCUCUCCAGAUGUCAUUGAAAUGACGUUCUCUCCCAUCACUUCUCUUCUUGAAGGGGUAAUCGGAAAGGAUUAUCUGGCUCGUGCUAUUGAUCUUUAUCUUGAAUACAAGCCUCGGAUUGAAGAACUAAGAUACUUUUUAGAGUUCCAGAUUCCUCGGGUAUGGGCCCCUGUACAUGAUAAACUUCCUGGUAUCCAAAGGAAGGAACCUGUUUGCCCAUCUUUGCAGUUUAGUAUAAUGGGUCAAAAGCUUUAUGUCAGUCAAGAGCAGGUAUCAGUAGGCCGGAAGCCUGUGACUGGCUUGCGGUUAUUCCUUGAUGGAUCUAAGCAGAAUCGGCUGAGUAUACUUGUUCAACACUUGGCAUCUCUUCCAAAGAUUCUACAGCCAUAUUGGGACACCCAUGUGGCAAUUGGUGCACCCAAGUGGCAGGGACCUGAGGAGCAAGACAGCCGAUGGUUUGAGCCUGUGAAAUGGAAAAACUUUUCUCAUGUUAGCACUGCACCAAUUGAGAACCCGGAAACUUUCACAGGUGACCUCUCUGGUGUGUACAUAGUUACCGGAGCUCAGCUUGGGGUGUGGGAUUUCGGCCCAAGAAAUGUCUUGUAUAUGAAGCUUCUGUAUUCCAGGCUACCGGGCUGCACAAUACGAAGAUCCUUGUGGGACCAUACCCCAAAUGACAGAUCAAGGAAAGUGGCCAAUAUUGGGAGUACUACCAAUAGCCAAUCGAGUUCAGGUUCGAGAGAGAGCAUCUCCGGCAACAAGCUGGUGAAGUUUGUUGAUAUGACUGAGAUGAGCAAGGGGCCUCAGGACUCUCCUGGUCAUUGGUUGGUGACAGGCGGAAAGCUUGGUGUGGAGAAAGGGAAAAUUGUUUUAAGAGUGAAAUACUCCUUGCUUAAUUAUUAAAUUUACAAAGUAUGGUUUUCCUCUAAUGUGCAGUUUGUUGGUUAGAGGUGGUGUUUUUGAAGCACAUGUAAUUCUGUUCAUCUUGCGUGUAAACUAUUGCACUUCGAUGAACCGAGUUUCAUCAAUGUGACGGGGAUGUGUCCACUGGUGGUUUUGGAUUUGUUUCCUUCCAAAUUUCCGAUUUUGGUGUCAAAGGGAAAUGUUUUGAAGUUUGUAGAAAAUGUCAAUAGCCUAUGCUAGUUAUUCUUCUCA